ACUUGUAUACUCUCCUUAACUACAUCACAUAUACUCCUUAGCUAUUGCGUCUUGAAGCAGAAUAUCAUGCAAUAGAGUGGAGGGGUGUAGGUGAUUUCUAAGCGAGCAAUUUAUAAUUUGCAAGCUCAGUCGGAAAUAAAUGAUCCUUCCCACGCCGUAUAGUAAAGUAAUACCUAGCUGUCAUUCUUUCGGUGUGGUGAUCUUUUCAAAGAAUUUGAUGUGUUGGUAUUGUAGCUUAGGAUGCUUCUUUACCUCAUCUAAUCAACUUGUAAGUGCCGUUACCACAUGUACUAGCUCUGUCCUAUAUUUGGUAUUGUAUUGUGUAAAAAAAUUGACCGACUGCUAAGAGCUAUAAACCAAAUACAAUUUGAUGAAAUACAAG